ACGCUUUCACACUGACCGAAGUGGAUACGCACCAGCUGGCCAUGUCCAUCACCGCUGCCGGGUGGGAGAAUUCCUGAUUAUACUUAGAUCCUGCAGACCCCGCUCUGUCAUUAGUGGAGAAGCUCUGCUUGUGCAACCGCCGUCUGAAAUGCAGCCGCUCGGGAGCUCCGCACACCUCGCCUGAAGGAGCCGGAUGCCUCCUGGAUCAAACAUGAAUGACCGGCUGAAGGUGCCCCUGGUGCACGUCCUCACCCUGGCAGCCCUCAGCUUGGCCGAGACGCUCCCCAAAGCUCCCUUGAUCAGCACUCCUCUGGAAACUGUGGAUGCGCUGGUAGAGGACGAGGCCAAGUUUGUCUGCGUAGUGGAGUCGUACCCUGAGCCGGAGAUUACGUGGACACGCAACAGCAUUCCCAUCAGGCUGUUUGACACCCGGUACAGCAUCCAGAGGAACGGGCAGCUCCUGACCAUUCUGAGUGUGGAGGACAGCGAUGACGGGGUGUACUGCUGCACGGCGGAUAACGGGGUUGGAGCAGCUGCACAGAGCUGUGGGGCUCUCCAAGUGAAAAUGCGACCCAAAAUAACCCGACCGCCUAUAAAUGUGGAAAUAAUUGAAGGGUUAAAGGCUGUUCUUCCAUGCACUACAAUGGGGAAUCCAAAACCUUCUGUUUCGUGGAUCAAAGGAGAGACAGUUGUAAAGGAGAACGCUCGCAUUGCUGUCCUUGAUUCAGGGAAUUUAAGGAUCCACAACGUUCAGAGAGAAGAUGCAGGACAAUAUCGAUGUGUAGCCAAGAACAGCCUGGGCACAGCCUAUUCAAAACCUGCAACAGUGGUAGUGGAAGUUUUUGCCAGAAUCCUGAAGGCUCCUGAAUCCCAAAAUAUCACCUUUGGGUCGGUGGUGACGUUGCGGUGCACAGCAACUGGCCUUCCAGUUCCCACCAUUACCUGGCUGGAAAAUGGGAAAGCUGUUGCUGCAGGGUCCAUAGCAGAAAGUGUCAAGGACAGAGUGGUUGACUCCAGACUGCAGGUGUAUGUCACCCGACCUGGCCUGUUCACUUGCCUUGCCACCAACAAACACAGCAAAGCUUUUGGAGCCGCAAAGGCUGCAGCAACCAUCAGUGUUUCAGAGUGGAGCAAGCUGUACAAGGGUGAUACAGGCUACUGCAGCACAUACAGAGGUGAGGUGUGCAGUGCUAUCUUGGCGAAGAAUGCUCUUGUUUUCUUCAACUCCUCCUAUGCUGACCCAGAGGAGACCCAAGAGCUGCUUGUGCACACUGCCUGGACUGAACUGAAAAUGGUGAGUUCAUUCUGCCAACCGGCCGCUGAGUCUCUGCUGUGUAACUACAUCUUCCAGGAGUGCAAUCCCUCGGGAGCUGGGCCAGCUCCAAAACCAGUGUGCAGAGAGAAUUGCCUUGCUGUAAAGGAUCUCUACUGCUUUAAGGAAUGGCUCUCAAUGGAGGAAAACUCUCAGAAGGGGAUUUACAAGCCUGGGCUGAUGCUGCUCACUCUACCCGAAUGCAACAGGCUGCCCAGCCUGCACCAGGACCCCAGCGCCUGCACCCGCAUCCCUUUCUUCGAUUUUAAGAAGGAGAAUAUAACCAGGACGUGCUACAGUGGCAAUGGCCAGUUUUACCAGGGUUGGGCCAACGUCACAGCCUCCGGCAUUCCCUGCCAGAAGUGGAGUGACCAGGCUCCCCACUUGCACAGGAGGACUCCUCAGGUUUUCCCUGAGCUGUCUGAUGCCGAGAAUUAUUGCCGCAAUCCAGGAGGUGAGAAUGAACGUCCCUGGUGCUACACAAAAGACCCAUCCGUGACCUGGGAAUACUGCAGCGUGUCUCCCUGUGAAGAGGCGUCAUUAUCACUGGGAACAAGAAAACCAAAUGGAGAGACUCCAUAUCUGCCCCCUCCUCCUCCCUUUUCCCCUACGUACUCCAUGACUGUUAUCAUCUCCAUCAUCUCCAGCUUUGCCCUGGUUGUCAUCUUUGGCAUUGUCACCCUGGUUUGCUGCCGUCGGCGAAAGCAGUGGAAAAACAAAAAAAGAGAGUCAGAGACACCGACGCUCACCACUCUGCCCUCUGAACUCCUUCUGGACCGCCUGCACCCCAACCCGAUGUACCAGAGGAUGCCCCUUCUCCUCAAUCCAAAAUUGCUUAGCCUGGAGUAUCCCAGGAACAAUAUUGAAUAUGUGAGAGAUAUUGGGGAAGGAGCAUUUGGGAGAGUCUUCCAAGCAAGGGCCCCUGGGCUGCUGCCGUAUGAGCCUUUCACAAUGGUGGCAGUGAAAAUGCUGAAGGAGGAGGCGUCCGCAGACAUGCAGGCUGACUUUCAGAGAGAGGCAGCUCUCAUGGCAGAGUUUGACAAUCCGAAUAUCGUCAAGCUUUUAGGUGUGUGUGCUGUUGGGAAACCGAUGUGCCUGCUGUUUGAGUACAUGGCCUACGGGGAUCUCAACGAGUACCUGCGUGACCGCUCGCCCCGCAACCUCUGCAGCCUGGUGCAGGGCAGCCUGGAGGCACGGACCCGCCUCCCCAACCCCUUGGCGCUCUGCUGCACCAGCCAGCUCUGCAUUGCCAAGCAGGUGGCUGCCGGCAUGGCCUACCUCUCCGAGCGCAAGUUUGUCCACCGGGAUUUGGCUACCAGGAACUGCCUGGUAGGGGAGAACAUGGUGGUCAAGAUCGCCGAUUUUGGUCUCUCGAGGAACAUGUAUUCAGCAGACUAUUACAAAGCCAAUGAGAACGAUGCCAUCCCCAUCCGCUGGAUGCCCCCGGAGUCCAUUUUCUACAACCGCUACACCACGGAGUCUGACGUGUGGGCCUACGGGGUGGUGUUGUGGGAGAUCUUCUCCUACGGCAUGCAGCCCUACUAUGGGAUGGCUCACGAGGAAGUCAUCUACUACGUGAGGGAUGGGAACGUCCUCUCCUGCCCGGACAAUUGUCCCCUGGAGCUCUACAACCUGAUGCGUCUCUGCUGGAGCAAGCUGCCUGCUGACCGGCCGGGCUUUGCCAGCAUCCACCGCAUCUUGGAGCGCAUGUAUGAGAGGGCUGUGGCCACCCCCUCAGUCUAAGAGAUACACCUGGGGGUGCCCCGUGUCCACCUGUCCAGACUGACCUGGGGGGGGCCAUGGGCUCCCAAGUAGUGGCUCAAACAAAGCCCUGCUUUAGAGCGAGGAGAAAUAGCAUGUUCCUCUGCCAAGCAAGAAGUGUGGACUGCAACCCCCUAUGGUGGGCUAUGCCUCCGUGAAGGGACUGUAGCUCCCAAAUCACAGGGCUGACCUCUGGCCACCAAGCCUGGACUCCUUGGGUUGGCGAGGGUGCUGGCCAUGCUAACUCAGUACCCACAUUAGGCAUUUCCAGGAGCACGGAGUUCCCCAGGGAAAGAAAACCAAUGUCUCUCUGGUGGCAUUUCCCUUCCUAACAGGUCCCUCCAUGUCCUUCUGCAUUUAGGCUCUUGGCUUUUACCUUUUUCACCUUUUUCUUCCCUUCCUUAUAUGUUUUCAAGUAUUAUUUAAAACAAAAAAAGAUUGCAGAAUUCAAUCUUUUUGGGGAUAUUUUUACUCUUUUAUUUUCGCAUACCAUAGGCCACUUUCUUUUUCCUUUUAACUUCCACCUCCUCUUUGACACUCAUGAACAUAACACUGACAGAGUCAAAACAGGAGCCUGCAGGACUGCUGGCAGUCACCCGCAUCUCAUGGUACAUGGAUGAGCAAAAUCCUGUGGAGCACGGAGCCUUAUCUUUUCAAAAGUAGGCAGUCCACAGUGAAGUUCAUUUCAUGUUCAUUAUGAUCUCAUCCAAAAGCUUGCCUCAAGCAUUGCAUCCUAUCUUGCCUGCCCUUCCCUGCGACAAAGCCAUUUGGUGCUAAGGGAGAAAUUCAGCCCAAAAGCCUUGUCCUGCACCUGGUAGGUCUCCAAGGCACAUUAGUUUGCCUCUGCUUGCAGUACAGUCCUCACUGCGCCGACAGCAGGGAGAAACUCAGCCCCUCUUGCAGAAAUGUGGCAGGUUAUGUAAGUUACUUCUCUUCAUUUCCCUUCCUGUCUUUGCCUCCUAUUUCUGGUUUUUCUUUCCUUACAGGAGCUCUUAACCCCUGUAAGCCCCAGAGCAGCUUUUGGUGGGCACCUGCCCCUGUGCUGCAGUUUACAGGCACAGAUGCAAGGAAGGUGGAUGCCUGGCCUUCAGAGAUAACCUGUGAGCUCAGUGAGGUGUUAAAAGGGAGAGUGGACACUCCACACGAACUGUUGCAGGCUUUCCAUCUGCAGGGUAAAGAUGAGACUUCCUCAAUUACAUGUGAUCCAUAGCCUCCCCCCAAACACCAAAUGUCAUUUCUCUGCUAAAAGUUGUCGAAAUUGUCAUGGAUACUUCAAUGCCAGAGAAAACGAUUUUCCUCUGAGGACAGGUUUUACUUUUUAGUUCCUUGGGCAGAGUAGAGCAGUUGCCCCAGAGCCUCAGGGCUGAUACGAAAAAUGGCUGUAGGCAGGGAGGUGGAUUAUCCCUGCAGAGCAGGAGUGGCAGUGAGUGAGUGGUUGGUGUGGCUUCUGUAACUGGGACACGCUGGUUGAGUCUAUCCAAGUAGCAGCAGUGGAGAGCAGCCAUCUGUAAGUUUGUUCAGAAACCAGCUUUGGUUUCUGAAAGGUAAGCUUGAAAAGCUGUGCCAACUGUUAUGAAGAUCAAAACUGGAAAGCAAGUGCCUUCCUCUGCUGUUUUCCUGUAAUAUGAUCUAAUCUCUGCUACUUUAUAACUUCAUUUUCUUUUUUUCUUUUUUAAAAUAACCAUAGUUCAUUCUAGUUGUGGCCACAAGAGUGUAGUUUAGUGUUUUGAGACCACUGGUGUCAAUUUCACUUGAAGCAAAGAGCUUGCAACUAUCCAAAACAGUGGGGAGAAAGCUCUGCUUGGGCUGCAAAACAUUGAAAUGUUAAAAAUGCUUUGGGUGAGCCCAGUGAGCACCCAAUGACCCGUGCUGUCUCGCUCAUUUAGCAGUCCUGCCAUCAUGCUGCUAUGACACAACAGUUCACUGAGGUCUGGGUGCUAACCUCUCCUACCCUCUGAGAACCCCAAGCCCCUCAAUUUAAAUAAAAUAAUUGCCGGAGAGACUUCCGUGUCUCUUGUUAACCACAUUAUGGCCACCUUACAGUUCUCAGCACUACAUCCUGUUGGGUUUUGUCAGCUACCUGGCUAUCUGCCCUGCUCUGCGGUGGCAGGGGUGAGGAGGAGAGUCUGGAGGGAUGGGGGAAUGAGCUGCACCCCCAGCGGGUGCUCCAUCUCCGUUAAGGGAGGGUGCCAAUUAAGAACCUUGCAGUGCUGGUGGCAGCAGGAGUCUUGUCACUCUCUUUAGAGAGGGCAGGGUCAGACCUCGUAUGUGGGUAGCGGUGUGGGUCUGGGCACCCAGCACAUCCUCAUAAUCUGGAAUGUAUCUUACAACAGGAAAAGGAUGCAAGGAUGGGUUGUAAAACUUGCCUCACAUGCUAAUGUGACGAACACAUCCAUUUACAGUCCAAAGGACAGGCUGCCUUUCUGCCUUCUAGGAUCCCAGAGCUGGCUUCAAUCGCUCACUUUCCAUUUCCCCCAGCCAGGCUGCUUUGAAACCACGAUCAUGAUUUUCUUCUUGUUUUCAUGUGGGAUGAAGUUAGAUGCCUGUAAUGUCACGUGCUAUGAAGGAUGUUCUCUCCCUUUCUUUGUGAAAGAGGGGAUCCCACAAACUCAGAAGAGUAGCCCUUUCCAUUGCACUUUUGCAGCCCAAAUCCUUCUCUCACCGACCCCGUGUCCAGGUCAACAUGGGCCUGCAGUUAUGAAAGAGUGGAAAAUUUGGUUUUCCUUUGUCCAGCAUUCCAGCCUUUGCCUUAGAAGCAUGCAUUGAAAUAUGUGGUAGUGAGUGACUGCAGGUCAGGAUGGAAAACGCCUCCUGCCUUGUAAGAGGAAAGAUCAUUUCAAGAUCGACUCCAGAGAGGCUCUGCAGUGUGCUCUCCAAGGAUGAUAAUCUCUUUUGCGAUGCAAUUCAGCAGGAAGGCUUAGCACCUAAACAGUGAUGUCCUUUGAGGAUUAGAUGGUAGACAGACCUUGGUUUGUAGCUGGAUUUUACCCUGGGAAUUUCCUCCUGUUGCACACUUUUCAGCUUGCUAAAAGGUGGAGGUUGAAUUGCUUUCACUGUUUGCCUUCUUUCACAGCUUUCUCUUCUCCUCCUUUUGUUUGAGGCUUCUGCUUUCUUCAGUGUAUGUUAUGUGGUGUGCUACUCUAGAGGCUUCUAGACUUUUCUGUAAAACUAUCACAUAACCCAAAGUAUUUUGAAUGGGAGUAUACAAGGAGAUUGUGAGAGAUUAGAAGAGAAAGGAAAAUUUUUUACUCAAAAAUGAAACAGAAAUAUUUUUCAGUCUCAAGUUUGGAUUUGUAAUUCAUGCAGAGAAAGAAGAUGAACCAAAAAUGAACAUUUUUGAUGCUUCGGUUCCCAUUCCCACUGAUGGCUGUCAGUGGCACUGGAUGAGAACCCUGAGGAGAAGAAGGGGAUUUGCAGCACAUUUGAUGUACCCAUUCCUGCUGCAAGUGCCUUGCCUAGAGCAUUUGCAGCACGUGUCCAGCUUUAUCCUGGAUGACAUACUUCAACAAUCUGAUCAACCAAACACCACAGAAAUCCUCUCAUGUUCCUGUCACUCUAUUUAACACUUGUAUUUAAACUGCAUGUUAAAAGCAUAAAUUCCGUACUGGCUUAGACACUGCCUGCAACGUGGUUAAAUUUGGUUUAGAGGAGUUACCUCUCAAACACUUUGUGGACUAAACUCAGCUGUCUGGUCUCAUUUCUCCAAGGGUAUAUAAUAAUUACUAUUCUGUGUUUGUUCUACAUUUCAGAAAUGAUGGUUUUAAAGACAUCCCAAGUAGAGAUGUACAUUUCUCAUUACCCCAACCUGUGUAACUCAU